AUGCGUCUUCUUGCUGUUCAAUCCAUCUCCCUGGGCCUUCUGGCUGCCCUGGCCCUCGGUGCCCCUAUUCAAGACACCGCAGCCCUGACCAAGCGCGACGAGGACGUCUACCGUCCCGAUACUCUGCGCACCGAGGAGAAGCGUGACGACGAGAUCAUCUACUCCGCCCUCCUCCGCACCGCCGAAAAGCGCGACGAAGAUCUUAGUAUCUAUAAUAAGAUGAUUAUCCGCGAGAAGCGCGAUGAUGAUGACGUGGAUGCCCCUUUGGUGAAGACGGCUGAGAAGCGCGACGAUGAUCUUAGUAUCUAUGAUCUGAUGAUUAUCCGCGAGAAGCGCGAUGAUGAUGACGUGGAUACCCCUUUGGUGAAGACGGCUGAGAAGCGUGACGAUGAUCUUAGUAUCUAUGAUCUGAUGAUUAUCCGCGAGAAACGCGAUGAUGAGAUCCUCUAGUCUGCGAUUCUUAGGACUGUGGAGAAGAGGGAGG